AUGGCGAAGUCGAAGACGAUCCUUGUGCUGAACGCAGGGAGCUCGUCUCUCAAGUACGCGCUGUACGAAUUCGCGGAUGCGCUGAAGGCGAAGCUGGCGGUGUCGGGUCUGGUGGAGCAGAUCGGCACUCCCAAGGGCGUCAUCACGCACAAGGCCCUCGCCACCAACCAGACCGUCCAUGAGAAAGCGGUGUUCAGCGACCACAAGGAGGCCAUGUCGCACGCGCUGAAGCUGAUGGGGAUCAGCAAGGGCAGCAGCGCCGUGACGGCAGUGGGGCACAGAGCGGUGCACGGCGGUGAGGAGAUCAACAAGUCGUGCAUCAUCACGGAGCACGUGAAGGACGUGCUCAAGAAGUUCACGCCGCUCGCCCCUUUGCACAACCCUCCCAACCUCCAGGGCAUGGCGGUGGCGCAGGAGCUGCUGGACUGUCCGCAGGUGGCGGUGUUUGACACGGCGUUCCACAGCACCAUCCCGCCGCACGCCUACACGUACGCCCUGCCCUACCGCCUCUACAAGGAGCUGGGCGUGCGGCGCUACGGUUUUCAUGGCACCAGCUACAUGUACCUGCUCAGGGAGACGGCGAGGCAGCUGGGGAAGAAGGAGAGCGAGAUGAACAUGAUCACGCUGCACCUGGGGGCCGGUGCGAGUAUGGCGUGCAUCAAGGAGGGCAAGUGCAUCGACACAACCAUGGGAGUAACCCCCCUGGAAGGCCUCGUGAUGGCCACUCGGUGCGGUGACAUCGACCCAGCCAUCCCCAAGAUCCUCUCAGACCUCCAAGGCCUCUCCCCUGCUCAAAUCGACUCUCUCCUCAACAAGGAGUCCGGCCUGGUGGGCAUCUGUGGAGACAAGGACAUGAAAGCAGUCGUAGACCGCACCGAGGUUGCUGAAGCUGCAUGCAUACCUGCAGGGGAUGACCUGGAAGGGGGCGGCCGGCACCGGCUUGCUCUGGAGGUGUUUGUUCAUCGCGUGAGGAAGUAUCUGGGAGCGUAUUUGGUCCAGCUGGGAGGGAAGGUGGACGCUAUUGUGUUCAGUGCAGGGAUUGGGGAGAGAUCGGCGCCAGUGCGGGCGCGGGUGUGUGCGGGAUUGGAGGCGUUUGGGAUUGAGGUGGAUAAGGCGCGGAAUGAGGAGGGGAACAAGGGAGCACGAGAGAUUUCUGUGGCAGGGGCGAAGAUAAAGGUGAUGGUCGUGCCGACUGAUGAGGAGCUGUGCAUUGCGCAGGAAACCCUGCGUGUGGUUGGGCGCCACGUGGAGCUCCGUGGUUGGGUGCGGACGGUGCGCUCUCAGAAGGCCUUCUCUUUCAUUGAGCUCAAUGACGGUUCCUCCCUUUCAGGCAUUCAGGUGGUGGCCACACCUGAGGUUGAAGGCUAUCAGGAGGUGGAGGGGGGUGGCAUCACCACAGGGGCAGCGGUGUCAGUGGAGGGAGAGGUGGUGGAGAGUCAGGGCAAGGGCCAGAAGAUUGAGAUCAAGGCUAAAAGACUCACGCUAGUGGGUGGCAGCGAUGGCAGCACGUACCCUCUGCAAAAGAAGAAGAGUUUUGAGACGUGCUGCCAUCGCUACUGCCCCUCUCAAGACUCUUCUUCUUUCACGUGUUUCCUCUCCUCCUCUAUCGUGCAGGUGGGCGGCAGUGAUGGCAGCACGUACCCCCUGCAAAAGAAACGGCACUCCUUGGAACGGGAAGAUAAGAAGCGCCUUGAAGUACGCGGCAUGGUUUGGAGUAUCUUUGCACCGCAUCGCACGUUAGACCAUUCACCAACACCAGAUCACAUCCCACUGCUGGCUGCUACUAUCACAUCCAAACCCACCCCUGUUCACAUCCCACUGCUGGCUGCUACUAUCACAUCCAAACCCACCCCUGUUCACAUCCCACUGCUGGCUGCUACUAUCACAUCCAAACCCACCCCUGUUCACAUCCCACUGCUGGCUGCUACUAUCACAUCCAAACCCACCCCUGUUCACAUCCCACUGCUGGCUGCUACUAUCACAUCCAAACCCACCCCUGUUCACAUCCCACUGCUGGCUGCUACUAUCACAUCCAAACCCACCCCUGUUCACAUCCCACUGCUGGCUGCUACUAUCACAUCCAAACCCACCCCUGUUCACAUCCCACUGCUGGCUGCUGCUAUCACAUCCAAACCCACCCCUGUUCACAUCCCACUGCUGGCUGCUGCUAUCACAUCCAAACCCACCCCUGUUCACAUCCCACUGCUGGCUGCUACUAUCACAUCCAAACCCACCCCUGUUCACAUCCCACUGCUGGCUGCUACUAUCACAUCCAAACCCACCCCUGUUCACAUCCCACUGCUGGCUGCUACUAUCACAUCCAAACCCACCCCUGUUCACAUCCCACUGCUGGCUGCUACUAUCACAUCCAAACCCACCCCUGUUCACAUCCCACUGCUGGCUGCUACUAUCACAUUCCACUCCGUGUGGUGUCUUGAGUACACUGCGCAGUGCUCUGGCCCAGACCUACCACCGCUUGUUCCAGUGUCCCGGGUGCGCAGUGCCUUGGCACAGGCAUCGCACCGCUUCUUCCAGUCGCACGGAUUCGUGUGGGUGGCAUCGCCCAUCAUCACUGCCUCUGACUGUGAAGGGGCGGGCGACCAGUUCCGAGUCACCACGCUGAUACCAGGCACCCCUGAUGCAUCCACGCCAGUGAAGGCCAUCCCCACCAACAAGGACGGAUCCGUGGACUGGUCUCAGGUGAAUGACGUGGCUCCGAUGAAUGACGUGGCACAGGUGAAUGACGUGGCACAGGUGAAUGACGUGGCACAGGUGAAUGACGUGGCACAGGUGUAUGACAUGGCACAGGUAAAUGACGUGGCACAGGUGAAUGACGUGGCACAUGUUAAUGACGUGGCACAGGUGAAUGACGUGGCACAGGUGAAUGACGUGGCACAGGUUAAUGACGUGCCACAGAAAUGCGAUUUCUUCAAGCGCCCGGCGUACCUCACAGUGUCGGGGCAGCUGAAUGCGGAGAUCUAUGCCUGCGCCCUGCACGAUGUGUACACGUUCGGUCCCACCUUCCGAGCAGAGAACUCCAACACCUCGCGCCACCUCGCCGAGUUCUGGAUGAUCGAGCCUGAGCUGGCAUUUGCUGACCUGGCAGAUGACAUGGCAUGCGCCACGGCAUACCUCAAGUACAUUGUGAGCACACCAUGCAUGCACGCACCUACACGCACUUUAGGGUGGGUGAAGAAGGAUAAGAAGGAGGUUAUACUCGCUAUGCCAGCUCUGCUAGCUUGCCCUUUCCUCACAAUCCUCCUCCCUUUCACCCUUUCCUCUUUUUCUCUCUCCUCCAUCUCCACCCCCUCCCCUCCUCUCCCUUUUCUCUCCUCUUCCAGCUUCAGGAGGGGCCAUGAGCGAGUGUGCGGAGGACUUCAGGUAUCCCUACUCUGCCCUUUCCUCAUGCCCCUCCUCCUCACCCUUUCAUUCCUCUUCUCCUUUCGCCCUCUCCCCUCUUCGCCUUUCUCUCUCCUCUUCCAGCUCCAAGAAGCCAUGAGCGAGUGUGCGGAGGACUUCAGAUUCUUUGACAAGUUUGUCGAGCCGGGGAUCAUCCAACGGCUCACGCUGUUCUCCCUUCGCCCGCUCUGCUUCCCUGUGUUCUUUCUUAUCUCGGUGGUGGAGAGUGAGUUUGAGCAUGUGCCCUACACAGAUGCCAUCAACAUCCUCAACAAGGCUAAGACCAAGUUUGACUCAUCGGUGGUGGAGAGUGAGUUUGAGCAUGUGCCCUACACAGAUGCCAUCAGCAUUCUCAAGAAGGCUAAGACCAAGUUUGACUACCCGGUGGAGUGGGGCAUUGACCUGCAGAGCGAGCACGAGAGGUACCUCACAGAGAAGGCCUUCAAGAACCGUCCCAUCAUUGUCACUGACUACCCCAAGGACAUCAAGGCAUUCUACAUGCGACUCAAUGACGAUGGCAAGACCGUUGCAGCCAUGGAUGUGCUCGUGCCGCGGGUGGGGGAGUUGAUAGGCGGCAGUCAGAGGGAGGAGCGGCUGGAGGUGCUGGAGGGGCGCAUGAGGGACGUGGGGCUCGACCCGCAGGCCUACUGGUGGUACCUCGACCUCCGCCGAUACGGCUCAGUCCCCCAUGCGGGGUUCGGGCUGGGCUUUGAGCGGCUGGUGCAGUUUGCAACGGGCGUUGAGAACAUCCGCGAUGCCAUCCCCUUCCCUCGCGUGCCUGGAUCCGCUGACUUUUGA